AUGUCCGCCUUCACCUACCACAAAGCGGCGCAAACCGCCUUCAAGCCCCCUCUCAUCGCCAAUGAAAACGCUUAUCUCGGCGACGUCGCAAUCUCCACAGACCCGACUGCGCCCAUUGCUGCAGGGUUUUAUAGGUUGGAGAAAGGAACCCCGCUAGUGUAUGAGUACACCUACCACGAGAUGAAGAUUAUUGUCGAUGGGGAGUUCGAUAUCAGCGAUGAGACGGGGCAGAAGGUGCAUGCUGUGAAAGGAGACGUAUUUUAUUUCCCUAAGGGAUCCAAGAUCACAUUCACAACUGAGACAUUCGGCUUGGGAUUCUUCGUUGGGCAGAGAAAGGAGGGAGCUGCUUAA